GAAACGGUUCUGCAGGGACCGGCAGGAACUCGCUGGAGCGUUGAAAGUCCUCGGUCAACGCAGAGUAGGUCAGAGCAGCGAAAACGCAAACAGGCUGCACUUGACUUCGAUACAGACACUUGCUGCACGGAGGACUGUAGCGCACAGCCAAACACUGCAGGAGAAAACAUGUCUCGUUUUAUCGUCCGACUUUCGCUCGUCAUCUCUCAGAGAGUGGCUGCCAAGUCCGUCUUAUUGCCCAAGACCAGGGUUCCUGUUUUCAUCCGUCCCGUCUCCGCUAGUUCAGGUAUGAGCUAUUCUGUUAGAAUCGAAUUAGGCUUCAUAGAAUAAUUACAUAGCUUGCAUCUGGAUAGGAUACUUUAUUGUCUAUCAGUUUAAUAUAUACUAUUUUAAUAACGCCUAUUCAUAGACUAUCUAUAAUUCUAGGUCAUAGUCUAUAAUUUUAAAGAAAUAAACAAGUAUUUUUGUCCUAUUAUGUAAUAGGUUGAUGCAGAAUAGACCAGUGGAAGUUGCCAGACAGCCAUCUGUCACAUGCUUACUGUCACAUCUUUCCUGGGGGUCACAUUUGUUCCAAAGAGCAGAAACUCAUUGUGCUCAAAACUAAGUAGGCUAUAGUGGGGAAAUGAAAAGCACAAUGCAAUGGACAUUUUUUUUCAAUGACAAAUAAAUAAAAUGCAACAAAAAGCUCAACACAUUUUGCUUAUGUGUGCGUUACAGGCUCGGGAUCUCUGACUCGUUAUGAUGAGACGACAGACUGGCAGAAGAAACUUACCCCUGAACAGUACGUGGUCACGAGGGAGAAGGGGACAGAGAUGGUGAGUCACACACAGCACACAUGCACACACACUUCGCCUGUCCUCAGCAUCAAUGACCAUAGACUGACAUUCAUUGAUAAACAUCAGUGGGUUCAGUGUGUAGGUUUGUAUGGACUUUAUUCUUUGUUUAUAAUCUUCCUCAGAGUGGAAGAUAGGAGCAGUUGGUUAAAGAAUGAGAUAUGGGCUGCAUUUCGUCACCUUCAUUUGCACUGACCUGGAAGCUUCAAGAAAGACAACAUAUAGUGUGUUUACUGUGUGUUAACCAGGUGUGUGUAUUUGUGUCCUCAGCCCUUCAGCGGUCUCUAUCUGAACCAUAGUGAGGUGGGGAUGUACCACUGUGUGUGCUGCGACACUCCCCUCUUCAGGUAACCAUCUAACCCCCCUAUACCUCCCUAACACCUCGCCAGACUUCACUAUAACCCCUAAAAUCUUCAUUUUAACCAGAAUAUGAGCGUUUAGACUAGACCUCUUACUAGACCUCUCUCUCUGUCUGUCUCUGUCUCUGUCUCUGUCUCUCUUUCUCUCUGUAGUUCAGAGGCAAAGUAUGACUCUGGGACAGGCUGGCCAGCGUUCAAAGAGGCUCAUGGGACGUGGGAGCGCGAUGAGAGCCACGCAUCCAUCAUCCGUCGCCCUGACAACACCAUGGGAAGUGCCGAGACAGAGGUCCUCUGUAAACAUGUGAGUUGCAUUCUGGGUAAUAAUGCAGAGAAAUGUGUUGGUGUGUGUUCUGUCUCCUCUACUGUAUUAUUUUUACCCUGCAGUGUGUGUGUGUGUGUGUGUGUGUGUGUGUGUGUGUGUGUGUGUGUGUGGCUACAGUGUGACGCCCAUCUGGGUCAUGUGUUUGAGGAUGGACCAGACCCCACAGGACAGAGGUUCUGCAUCAACAGCCAGUCUCUUAACUUCAGACCGAGAGAUCUCACACCCGACGACUAGUAGAGCCCCUAGAACCGCUUAGAACCAUCUCAAACCACCUAGGCCUGACCAGAACCAACCUUCAAACCCAGAGAACACAAACCGAAGGACCAGUAAAACCCAACAGAACUGACACCUGGAUCCCUAACACUGACCUGAGAUGGAAUUUUCCUGAUUUCCUGACCUCGGCAUCAGGGAUACUGUUUUCUAUGUCUGUAUCUUUCUGUAACUGAUCAUAGAUGAACAUGUAAUAUUUACCUGACUGUAUUUACCUGACUGUGUUCCCAGCCUCACCCUAGCCCCAACUACUGUACAGUGUGUUAUAGGGGGAAGGGGGUAAAGGGAGGUCAUAUGUUUCAUAUGGUCACAUUUUUAUGUCUGUCCAUUUAUAUUAAGGGGUCUUCAAUCAUAGUCACUUGGUUUCUCUGAGAGUUAAAGGCCUAAUGCAGUGUUUUUUAUCCUAAUAUCAAAUUAUUUCUGGGUAAAAAUUAAGUACCUUACUGUAAUAGU